AUCAGAUCUAAAUAGCAGCUAAAUCAGAGACAGAAACCUGCUUAAGCAACUCUAUCAAAAAGGACUGAACUUCAAGGAAUGCAGAGAGAAUGAGAGAAAACUCUGUCAUACAUUUGCAUCAGUGCUGCGCGAGUAGAGGAGGAGCACUGCAUGCAGUACAGCACGAUAAGAACUUUCUAGAGACUGGCUUUGUGUUACUUCAUGGUUGCUGGUUUAUGGAGCAUAUUGCCACUAAAACUGAUCCCAUUUAUGCCUGGAACACAAAGUACUAAGGCUGUCCAGCUGAAUAUCCCACUUCUCUUCAAAACCUCUUCUUGUGAACAUUCAAACACUCAACAUACAAAGGAGCUGCAACCACUCAUGGAGAAUCCAGUCACUGAAAAAACAGAGCAAAAGAAACAGCAGUACCUAGAGAAAAAUGAGCAGCAGCGAUCCGAGAGGCCACCUGCACAUCAGAAGGUUAAAGCAAAACUCAUCCAGUGGGUCUCUUACAUUGCUGGAGACAUGGCUGUGUUUGGUGAAUGGAUGAAAGGGCAGUUUAUCUUGCUGCAGAUUUUGGACUGGGUGCUGCGUGGGGCAGCUCAGGUGAUGUUUGUGAAUAACCCUCUCAGUGGACUGAUCAUCUUUGCUGGACUGAUCCUCCAGAACAGAUGGUGGGCACUAAAUGGUUUUGUUGGCACAUUGUUUGCUACAAUCUCUGCCCUCAUCCUCUGUCAAAACAGAGGUGCAAUCGCAGCCGGCCUGUAUGGAUAUAAUGGAAUCUUGGUUGGUCUUCUGAUGGCAGUUUUCUCCAAUGCAGGAGAUUGGUAUUGGUGGCUUCUUCUUCCCAACAUAUUUAUGUCAAUGGCAUGCCCCAUAUUGUCCAGUGCCUUGGCUUCCAUCAAUAGUCGGUGGGACCUGCCUGUUUUCACUCUGCCGUUUAACAUCCUAGUGUGCCUACAUAUGGUGGCUACAGGCCACUACAAUCACCACUUCCCUCAGGUUCUCAUCCAGCCACGCACAUCCUUGCCUAACAUCACCUGGUCUGAGCUGGAUUACGUUAAGCUCUUCCGCUCAAUCCCUGUGGGUAUCGGACAGGUAUAUGGAUGUGACUAUCCUUGGACUGGAGGGAUAUUCAUGAUUGCCUUGUUUAUCUCCUCACCCUUAACAUGUGUACAUGCAACUAUUGGAUCAGCAGUUGGUAUGGUCUCCGGGCUUGCUCUCGCUGCACCAUUUGAGAACAUUUACUUUGGUCUGUGGGGUUAUAACUGCGUUUUGGCUUGCAUUGCAAUUGGUGGGAUGUUCUAUGCUCUCUCAUGGCAGACGCACCUUCUGGCUGUGGCCUGUGCAUUCUUCUGUGCAUACCUUGGCUCGGCAAUUGGAAAUGUGAUGUCUAAUUUCGGACUCCCGGCAUGCACCUGGCCCUUCUGUCUUUCUGCCCUCACUUUUCUUUUGAUCACUACGGAGACAAAAAACAUUUAUAAACUGCCUCUUGCUAAAGUGACCUACCCUGAGAAAAACCUGAUUUACUUCUGUAAGAUGAAGGAAGAGGAGAGGGCUCAAGCAUUAAAGAAACAACAAGAGGAGAUGCAACAGAAAGACACAGAAUCACAGCUGAUGACAGAAGAGAAAAUAAAGAUUACAAUGGAGAAGAAAGAGCAGGAGCAUCAGGAGUUUUGCACUGUAGUGGUACAGCAAGAGAAAGAUACCAGCAAAGAGAAUGCAAGGGAAACAUACUAGAGAGAGGAAACUCAGUGGCAAUUAAACUAAAUUUAACUUGUCUAAAUUUCUCAAAACAGUCCUUAAAAUUUCCCUUAUUCAGUUCCCUAUUGCUUCAUAUACAAAAUGAAUGUAAAUGAAAAGGGUCAUGACAUAAGGAAUACAAUUUUCCAUGAUCUUUUGACAUUUAAGCGGUCAUUGUACACUAAAAACAUGCAGUAAGUUUCAGAACACAAAACAUCCUCCUCACUGCAAAAAGAGCAUUUGUUGAAACCAAGCUACAAAAAGUCGACUCGUUCUCUACUUCCUCCACAUUGUGAUGUCACACUGUGGUAGACAUUUGCAUCUGACCACCUCCACAACAACACAUCAAAGCCUACUUUUAUCUUAUCACUUCUGUAGACCACCCAUAUAUAUAUAUAUAUAUAUAUAUAUAUAUAUACACACACACACAUACAUACAUACAUACAUACAUACACACACACAACCGGUCAAAAGUUUUGAAACACUUGACUGAAACGUUUCUCAUGAUCUUAAAAAUCUUUUGAUCUGAAGGCGUAUGCUUAAUUGUUCGAAAUUAGUUUUGUAGAUAAAAAUAUAAUUGUGCCACCAUAUUAAUUUCUUUUAUUAUAAAACUAAAAUGUAAUUAAAAAAAAAAGUUUUUGAAAUUGAUGACUUGGACCAAAUAAUAAAGAAAAGCAGCCAAUAAGUGCCCAGCAUAGAUGGGAACUCCUUCAAUACUGUUUAAAAAGCAUCCCAGGGUGAUACCUCAAGAAGUUGGUUGAGAAAAUGUCAAGAGUACAUGUCUGCAAAUUCUAGGCAAAGGGAGACUACUUUGAAGAUGCUAAAAUAUAACACAGUUUUGAUUUAUUUUGGAUUUUGUUUAGUCUCAACAUAAUUCCCAUAGUUCCAUUUAUGUUAUUCCAUAGUUUUGAUGGCUUUAAUAUUAUUCUAAAAUGUGAAAAUAAUAAAGAAUGAGUGUUUCAAAACUUUUGACCGGUAGUGUAUAUAAAAGACCCCUGAAUACACUCUUAUAUUCAGAACUCACAACUUCACUAACAAGACAUGAUCUAGUAAAAAAUCUCAAAUUAAAUGUUUAAAUAUGCAGACAGAAAAAAAGGCAUAUCAAAUUAUUGCAGACGGUUUUUCGAUAGCCAGCUAGCCAUAUUUUAGUCCGAUCAGUGGUGGAUGUGGUCAGAUGUGCAGUUUCCUUAAAUAGAUGUAGCUCCUUAAUCUGUAAAUACCAACACAACACAAAUAAAAAAAGAUAGGAGAUACUUUAUUCUGGUGAUUAGUUAGCCUAUUUUAGCAUUUUCAACAUCUGUAAUAAAUGGAGUUGUCUCUUGUUUUUUAAUGACUUUUAUAAACUUCAAUAAAUAUAUAUUUUUAACAUAAAAAACAUGUUUCAUCAAUAUCUUCAGCACUAUAUUAUACCCAUGUCCAUAAUGCAUGUAAAUUUGUGAUUUAUUACUCUCAUGGAAAACCACAGCAUGUCCACCACCCCUUCAAUGAGGUUGCGGUUAAGAAAAAGGAGUGUAUCCAGGUGGUGUAAACAGGUUUAAAUUCAUAAAGUUAUUGGGCACCUGCCAUGUUUCAAUGAGAAGAAGCAUGUCCAGGUUUUUAUCAGUAAUUAUGUUAUAAAUGGUGUUGUCUCUUGUUUUUUAAUGACUUUUAUAAACUUCAUUAAAUAUAUAUUUUUAACAUAAAAAACAUGUUUCAUCAAUAUCUUCAGCACUAUAUUAUACCCAUGUCCAUAAUGCAUGUAAAUGAAUAAAA